AUGGAGUCUGGAGAGCGGUUAACGUCAUCAUCAGUCUCCUCUGCUGCAGCUGCUUCAACUCCAGUGUCUUCUACACCGUCUGUAGCUUCAGCAGUAUCGAAAGGUGGCCUUUCCACUGGAGCUGCGUCACUGAGUUCCACAAUCAACACAUGCGGACAUACAUUCAGAACAGCUGGGGAUCAACCAUGUAACCUGUCCGCUGUGCCAAGUGCCUUCUCAGGCCACUCAGUCUUUGGUCCACAUGUAGCCAGCUCAGGGGUUUCAGAGUUUGGUGGCUUGGGAGCACUUGGUGCACCCACAACCUUAGCGGCACAUCCCUGGCUAGCACGUUUUCCAGAAUGGUGGCGAACAACUGACACACGCUCUCGUCCUGGGGCAGCUUUUUUCCCACCGCUCUUGGGAAUUCCACCGCUGUUUGCACCUCCUGCACAGAAUCAUGAUUCUGCUUCAUUCCACUCAAGAGCUACAGGAAAAAAUAGUCGGAGCAGUACAGAAAAAGGUAUAAAUGGAGCACUGAAUGGGAACAGUACCACUGCAGUAUCUGGUAUCAGCACAUCUGUACUAUCCACUGGCAUUGCAGCAUCUGCAGGACAAGUGAAAGCUAUAACCUCAGGAGCAGGAGGCCGCAAAUACAACCAGGAGCAAAGCAAAGUUCAGCUUUUGGACACCAGAGCUGACAAAAUCAAAGAUAAGAAGCCCAGAAAAAAAGCAGUGGAAAGCUCUAGUAACAGUGACAGUGAUUCGGGCUCCUCUUCAGACACCUCAAGUGAAGGCAUAAGUAGUAGUGACUCUGAUGAUCUCGAGGAGGAUGAAGAGGAGGAGGAGGACCAGAGUGCUGAAGAGAGUGAAGAUGAUGAAUCUGAUUCUGAAAAUGAAGCACAUCACAAAACCAAGAACAAGGUGCUAAUGCAUAGUGGUGUAACAGAUAUGAAAACUGAUGGACAAAAACCACACGAAAAGUCCCAAGAGAAAGCAGCACACCAGCAGAUACCUCUUGUGUCUGAUUCCCAGACUCACUCAUCAUUCCAGUCCCAGCAGAAGCAGCCUCAGGUUUUGUCACAGCAGCUUCCGUUUAUUUUCCAAAGCUCUCAGGCAAAGGAUGAAUCUGUGAACAAACACACGAGUGUAAUACAGUCUACGGGAUUGGUUCCCAAUGUGAAACCUUUGUCUUUGGUACAUCAAGCCAAAAAGGAAACCUAUUUAAAACUCAUAGUUCCUUCCCCUGAUCUACUCAAAGCAGGGAAUAAAAAUACCUCUGAAGAAUCUCUCUCUUUGACCAGCGAUGUAAGAUCAAAACGGGAACAAUAUAAACAGACAUUCCCAGCAGCCCAGCUAAAGAAACAGGAAUCAUCUAAGAACCUGAAGAAGGUUAUUGCAGCUUUGUCAAGCCCCAAACCAACAUCUAGUUCACCAGCUCAUCAAAAACUCGCAUCCUUGGAAAACAACCAUUCUAAUCCAUUCCUGACAAAUGCACUUUUAGGUAAUCACCAACCCAAUGGAGUUAUUCAGAGCGUCAUCCAGGAGGCUCCUCUUGCACUUACUACGAAACUGAAAUCCCAGACCAAGAUCAAUGAAAGUGUAGCCAUUUCUAGUAGUGCCCCCUUUUCUUUGCCAAUAAACUUGAGUGCAUGCGGGAAAAAAACAACUGGUAACCGGACACCUGUUAUGCCCUCUACCUCUCCUGUGUUACCUGGUUCAGGAAAGGAUAAAACAGUCAGCAAUAAUGCAGUAAAUGCAGUAAAAACACAACACCGCCUUCAUUCUGCAAAACUGGUGGUGGAGCAAUUCAGAGGGGUAGACUCAGAUGCCCCCAGCAGUAAGGACUCUGACGACUCAAAUGAUGAUGACGACGACGAUGAAGAUGAGGAUGAGGACGAUGAAGAUGAUGAUUCUGAUGAUAGCCAAUCAGAGUCUGACAGUAAUUCUGAGUCAGAUACAGAAGGGUCUGAGGAUGAAGAUGAUGAGGAUGAUAAAGAUCAAGAUGAAUCGGAUACAGACACUGAGGGAGAAAAAACUCCACUGAAACUGAAUAAAACUUCAUCCUCUGUGAAGAGCUCUUCCAUUGGUCUUGGAGCUCAUUCCACCCCGCUUAAUCUCCAAGUGGCAAAGACCCCAAGCUCUGCGCCAGCUGCCUUAUGUCCUGAGUCCCAGCCUGCGGUUUUUCUUGGGACAGCACCAUCUACUCUUACACCAAGUACACACUGUGGUAUUUCAAAAAGACGAAGAGUAACAGAUGAACGGGAGCUGCGUGUUCCUCUUGAAUAUGGCUGGCAAAGAGAAACCCGAAUAAGAAACUUUGGUGGUCGUCUUCAAGGAGAAGUAGCAUAUUUUGCACCUUGUGGAAAGAAGCUGAGACAGUAUCCUGAAGUAGUAAAGGGUGUGCAGUGGUGUCUUCUGAAGGAAGAGGAAGUCGUUCCCUGUAUCAGAGCUAUGGAAGGGCGUAGAGGACGACCACCAAAUCCAGACAGACAGCACUCUAGAGAGGAGUCUAGAAUGAGACGACGCAAAGGUCGACCUCCGAAUGUUGGUAGCACUGAAUUUCUAGACAACACCGAUGCAAAGCUUUUAAGAAAGCUCCAGGCUCAAGAAAUAGCUAGGCAAGCAGCACAAAUAAAGCUACUGAGAAAACUCCAGAAGCAGGAACAAGCUCGAGCUGCUAAAGAAGCGAAAAAACAGCAAGCUAUUAUGGCAGCUGAAGAAAAGCGCAAGCAAAAGGAGCAGAUAAAGAUAAUGAAGCAGCAGGAAAAAAUUAAGCGAAUCCAGCAAAUCAGAAUGGAGAAAGAACUUCGAGCUCAGCAAAUUUUAGAGGCAAAAAAGAAAAAGAAGGAAGAAGCAGCAAAUGCCAAAUUAUUGGAGGCCGAAAAACGAAUAAAGGAAAAAGAGAUGCGAAGGCAGCAAGCUGUUCUUCUGAAGCACCAGGAACGAGAAAGGAGAAGACAACAUAUGAUGCUUAUGAAAGCCAUGGAAGCACGUAAAAAAGCAGAAAGCGAGCGGUUAAAACAAGAGAAACGUGAUGAAAAAAGAUUAAAUAAAGAACGUAAACUGGAACAGCGAAGAUUGGAAUUAGAAAUGGCAAAGGAGCUAAAGAAACCUAAUGAAGAUAUGUGCUUAGCAGACCAGAAGCCUUUGCCAGAGUUGCCUCGCAUCCCAGGCCUUAUUCUCGAUGGAAGCACAUUUUCAGAUUGUCUCAUGGUAGUGCAGUUCCUGCGUAACUUCGGUAAAGUUCUUGGCUUUGAUGUGAAUGCGGAUGUCCCUUCCCUGAGUGUUCUUCAAGAAGGUUUGCUAAACAUAGGGGACAGCAUGGGAGAAGUACAAGACUUGCUUGUCAAGCUUGUCUCUGCAGCUGUUUGUGAUCCAGGACUUGUUACAGGAUACAAGGCUAAAACUAUUCUUGGGGAGCACUUGCUGAAUGUUGGCAUCAAUCGAGAUAAUGUGUCUGAGAUUCUGCAGAUAUUCAUGGAAGCUCACUGUGGGCAAACUGAGCUGACAGAGAGCUUGAAGACAAAAGCUUUUCAGGCACAUACUCCAGCUCAGAAAGCAUCAGUACUUGCUUUUCUUGUCAAUGAGUUAGCGUGCAGCAAAAGUGUAGUAAGUGAAAUUGAUAAAAACAUUGAUUAUAUGUCAAACUUAAGGAGAGAUAAAUGGAUGGUUGAAGGCAAACUUCGGAAGCUUAGAAUCAUUCAUGCAAAGAAAACUGGCAAAAGAGAUGCUACAGGAGGUGGUGACAUAGGAGAGGAACAGCACUCUUUGGAAACACCAACGCCAGGCCGCAAACGCAGACGAAAGGGAGGGGACAGUGAUUACGAUGAUGAUGAUGAUGACGACAGUGAUGAUCAGGCAGAUGAGGAUGAUGAGGAUGAAGACGACAAAGAAGAUAAAAAAGGAAAGAAGGCAGAAGUUUGUGAGGAUGAGGAUGAUGGGGACCAGACAGCAAGUGUUGAAGAACUGGAGAAGCAGAUUGAAAAACUGACAAAGCAACAAAGCCAGUACAGAAAGAAGUUGUUUGAAGCUUCGCACUGUUUGCGUUCAAUGAUGUUUGGUCAAGAUCGUUACAGACGCCGAUACUGGAUUCUGCCCCAAUGUGGUGGUAUUUUUGUAGAAGGCAUGGAAAGUGGUGAAGGCCUAGAAGAAAUUGCAAAAGAAAAAGAGAAGUUAAAAAAGGUAGAAAGCAUGCAUAUCAAAGAAGAAGACUUUGAGACAGAAGAAAAAUUACACUGUUUAAAUACAACUCACUGUGAGCAAAAGGAUGAUCUGAAAGAAAAGGACAACACUAAUUUGUUUUUACAAAAGCCUGGGUCGUUUUCAAAACUAAGCAAACUGUUAGAGGUAGCAAAAAUGCCACCUGAAUCGGACAUUAUGUCCCCAAAACCUAAUGGCAGUGCAGCAAAUGGCUGCACAUUAUCUUAUCCGAGUAACUCAAAAAACUCUCUCAGCAGUCUUCAGCCCGCUGUAUCACAAAGCACCAUUGAGAAGUCUGAUUCUAAUAAUCUUUUCAGUCCUAUUGCAAGUGGGACAGGAAAGUUUUAUAGUUCUCCACUAAUUCCAAAUGAUCAGUUGUUAAAGACUCUUACUGAAAAGAGCAGACAGUGGUUCAGCCUUUUACCAAGAAUACCCUGUGAUGACAUGUCGGUUACCCAUAUAGAUACACCAGCUACUACAACUUCACUUACUCCUCAGUCACAUCCACCAUCAAAGUCACCUUCACCUGUUCCAUCACCUCUUCUGGGCUCAACCUCUACGCAGAGUCCGAUGGGAUUAAGUCCUUUUGCAUUGUCACCACUGCAGAUGAAGGCUGGACUACCUAUAAUGGGACUUCAGUUUUGUGGAUGGCCUACAGGAGUUCUUACUUCAAAUGUUCCAUUUUCAUCUCCUUUACCUGCUCUUGGAUCAGGGUUGGGAUUAUCAGAGGUGAAUGGUAACUCAUUCUUGGCAUCUAGUGUUCCUGCAAGUAAAAGUGAAUCACCAGCACUACAGACUGAAAAAAUAGCUUCUGCCCCUUCUGCAGCGGUUGAAGUAGCCAAACCAGUAGAUUAUCCUAACCCAAAACCUAUACCAGAAGAAAUGCAGUAUGGGUGGUGGAGGAUUACUGAUCCAGAGGACCUAAAAUCUUUGCUUAAAGUGCUGCAUCUCAGGGGAAUAAGAGAAAAGGCCUUACAAAAGCAAAUACAGAAACACAUGGAUUAUAUCACUCUGGCCUGCAUCAAAAAUAAGGACGUUGCAAUUAUUGAUAUCAAUGAAAAUGAAGAUAACCAGGUAACUCGAGAUGUUGUGGAAAACUGGUCGGUAGAAGAACAAGCAAUGGAAAUGGAUCUUGCUAUUCUUCAGCAGGUGGAAGAUCUAGAGAGGAGAGUUGCAUCAGCUAGUUUACAAGUUAAGGGUUGGCUGUGUCCUGAACCUGCAUCAGAGAGAGACGACUUGGUAUAUCGUGAACAUAAGUCAAUUACUAGAUUGCACAAGAAGCACGAUGGAGAUUGUGCUGGAGGCGGAGAAGGCAAUACCAGCUCUCUAGAGCGGAAGAAUGACAACCCUCUAGAUAUAGCUGUAACCAGGCUUGCUGACUUGGAGCGGAACAUAGAGCGAAGAACUGAAGAGGAUAUUGCUCCAGGGCUAAGGGUAUGGAGAAGGGCAUUGUCAGAAGCGCGCAGUGCUGCACAGGUAGCUCUGUGCAUUCAGCAGUUACAGAAAUCAAUAGCAUGGGAAAAAUCUAUUAUGAAAGUUUAUUGCCAAAUUUGUCGAAAGGGAGAUAAUGAGGAACUGCUGCUCCUUUGUGAUGGUUGCGAUAAAGGCUGUCAUACCUACUGCCACAGACCCAAGAUCACUACCAUACCAGAUGGUGACUGGUUUUGUCCUGCCUGCAUAGCAAAGGCAAGUGGUCAAACUCUAAAAAUAAAAAAACUUCAAAUCAAAGGGAAAAAAAGUAAUGAACAAAAGAGAAGCAGGAAAUUAGCAGGAGAUACAGAAGAUGAAGACUCUGCAACUACAAGCACCUCCUUAAAAAGAGGAAAAACGGACCCUAAAAAAAGAAAAAUAGAUGAAAAUGUUUCUAUAAGCCAAUUAAAGCAAGAAAAUUUCACUGCUAUUAAGAAACCGAAAAGAGAUGACUCCAAGGACCUGGCUAUAUGCAGCAUGAUUCUCUCAGAAUUGGAAACUCAUGAAGAUGCUUGGCCUUUCUUACUUCCUGUAAACUUGAAACUUGUUCCUGGUUAUAAGAAAGUUAUUAAAAAACCUAUGGACUUUUCUACCAUUAGAGACAAGCUGAGUAGUGGACAGUAA